GGUAAUAUGAGAUAUGGAAGGCGCAGUAGCGGAGGUGUUGAAGGGACGAGUGUCGCAAGAGCAGUUCAGGCCAAUACGUCUCUGGGCUCGACAGACCUGUAUUUUGAGUACAUGUGCAAGGAACAGCAAAGCCCUGUGGAGGGUCUCAUCCUACCUGACACCAAGAGUCUCAGAGCCUACAUUCGUGACGGCUAUCCCAAAUGGCAGCAGCCUAUUUCGGAAGAUUUGGAUCCUGCCGGCGGCAAGCUGAAAACGAUCUAUUUCAUCCGUGGCUGGCUUAAGACGACAAUCGAAUGGACAGCUGCGGCCGCCGCAUCUUCUGGCACUAGGUGGAAGGUCAGCACACAUGCCAACACAGGCGUUGCUGCGACUCCAGGGCCUGUCUUCUCUCGCUGUGAGAACCUCUUGUUACCGAUUCAGCGGAACCAAAACUUCAGCCAACGCACCUUCGUGAGAUGCUAUGCUGUUAAAUCCCGCGAUCUCCUUCGUCAAAGGCUAGAGGCGAGCGCAAGACCCGCGAGGGCUCCGGACCUGCCGGGUCGGGGUUCGGAUCAAAUUAUGUCAAUCAGCGACAUUGACGCCAACUGGCCAGGACACGAGG